AUGAACGACGAUCGGAAAGAAGAAUCAGCAAAGAGUAAUAGUGAUUUAUUAAAGCGUUGGUGGGCUAUGACGAUGGCUGACAAACGACCCACACCCGAUCCUACCAAGCUGGUUACAGUCAAUGAAUUGCCAAUGUACGCCGAAGAUGUGCCAGUACAGUACAGUCUCGUGCCUGCCGAACCGUUGCCUCUUCAAGGACAGGUUUCGAAGGUGAGGAAAGCGAUCGUCCAUCAGUAUGACCAGUUUGCGCAUCGAUACCAAACGGCUGAUAAGGCAGCAAAAAAUUCGAUGAGGGCUGUGUGCGGUUGGUCUUCUUCUGAUAAUGAUAAUAAUUAUAAUAAUAAUUCAUCAGAUAGCCUUCGGAUUAGGGCUGUUUGUUAUGGAUGUCUGAUUGACGAUAUAUUAUGA